AUGGGUGGAACUGUCUGGAACGAGUGGGCACGCUUGAUGUGCUUGACUGCAUCAUUUGUUGUCUUUGUGGGAGGCGCCAUGGGAGUCUUCCAGCCCUUUCCUGCAUUCUCCGUCUUGGGAAACUUGGAAGGACUCUACGCUUUGCCAGUACCGGUGCUUCCUGUCAUCUUAACUGUGCUAGGAGUAGUCGUCUGGGUGAUGGAAUACCCGCUCAUCUUGACAGAGUACUUCAACGGCCCACGGUCAUACAUUCCAAAAGUCGCCUUCUACAUCCCCGUCGCCGUCAUUUCAAUGCUUGAGGCCCACACAAUCAACGGAGGUGUCUAUCUUGCCAUUGGAACCAUCGCUUAUAUGAUGGCUGUCCGAGCCGAUUUCUUGAAAGAAGCUUCUUCGUCUGGAUCCUUUGGUCGUCUUCCGUAA